GAUGAACUUGUCAUUACAUUUAUCAAGAAAUUCAAAAUUUUGAGCCCUCAGCAAGAAAAGUUACCAAUUGCAAUUGAUGAAUCACAGAUGGCCAUCAGGAUGUAUGAUAAACCUUUUUUCUACGAUGGACCACUACAACCAUUCUUUCUAUCUUACUUCGGACAGUCCUCAUUCUUAGUGCAGGGAAGUUAUGUCUUGUACUAUCAGGAACAAUUUCUGGAACAUGCUCUAUCAGAUACAUCUUCAAUGUUCCAGAAAGAAAGAAGCAUAAAACAAAGUGCGAUUGUCGUAGAUGAGAAAUUUUUGCCUGAUCUGGUACAAAAUAUUCUUGGAAAACUUGGCUUCGAUGAAAAUGAUGUAGCAUCAUGGAGUGAACCCAUAGAACAUAUUAAUCUGUACCCAGAACUUCAAGAUAUUUACAUAUACGGCAGAAACAUUCCAAAAUUUGUACAAAAUAAAAUUCAAUCAGUGAAUCCUGAGAAAAUAUUGGGUGGAAAUAUAAAAGACAAAUUUGGUGAUAGAAAACGAUUUCUCUACUGUGGAAUUAAUUCUCACAAUAUUAACGCAAUUCUUAUAUAUGAGUUAAUAUUUCGGUCUUCCUUAAGAAAUGAAUUUGGUCUAGGUUUAUAUACUACUCUAAAUCUCGAUUAUGCCAUUUCAUAUACUGGAAGGAAUGAUAUUCUUGAAGGUUUGAUUUCUUCCAACAAAGAUCUUAUCAGAGAGUGUCAUGAUCCAAUUUUUUCGGAGGUUGAACAAGUUGUUGGCAGGACAGAAUUAGCUGUUAAGGCUUUUGAGAUCGUUUAUUUGCCAUCAUAUAUUUCUUUUAAAAUAAUGAAGGAUAUAAGCAACACAUAA